AUGGAGGAGCUGAUGAGAAACCAAGUAAGGGCGCUAGGAUCCCUUGAACGCUCAAUAGUGACCGUUGGUAAGCGCCUAACUGCUGUGGAGAGUCGCUUGGAGCGCCUGGAGGUGUCCAUCAGCCAGAAGAGCCAGCAGCAGCGUGAGCCGCUGGCUCCCAUCAUCAACGAGGAUAAUCCCCAAGAACCGACUGGCGGCGACCUUGUUGAUAAGGUUAUUGUGGCAGCCAUACACAGGGAGGCCCACAACGAGGCCCACUUUGCCUGCCUCCUCAUGCCCCACGUGUUCCCUGAGCUAUUUGGACCAGAUAAGCUCCGCCAUCUGUAUAAUUGGCAUGGGGUGUCAGGGAAACAGCCAUUAGAAGGUUCAAGGCGCCAGUACGUCGAACAAAUGACAAAGUUCUUCUACAAAGAGGCUCGCUCUGCAACUGUAUGGACAGCCGUUGUUGGAAGAAUAAAUGAACGUCUGCGACGGAAAGAAAAACGGACACGUGGUGAGGUCCAGAUCACCAUAAGUAAUGAGAACAUUGCUGAUUAUCAUCAGUUUUAG